UUUUUUUAUUUUAUCAAAAGCUUUUUAGGUCUCAAAUCAGUUUGUAUAAAAGGUUGGGCUAAAGGGGAAAAUUACUUGAAUGAUGAUUAUUUCCAUAAGAAGAAACCCAACCAUACGUGGAAUGCAGUAUUGUUGCAGGAGAAAUGGUGUCUAAUUGAUUGCUUUUGGAGUAGAAAUUUAAUGAAUACUCAUUCCCUCGAACAUUUUGAUGACUUCUUUUUCUGCAUUGAACCAGAAAAAAUGAUUUAUAGUCAUUUCCCGGAGCACAGUGUCUGGCAGUUAUUAUCAGACCAUCUUUCUUUCGAUGAUUUCAUUAACUUGCCCUACCUUAAACCAGAAUUUUUCAAAUAUAAGCUUUCACUU